AGACGAGCGACCGUAAACAGAAGAAAGCGGAAACAAAAGAGGUUUUAUAAAAACAUAAACACAACCCCGGCUGUCGAAGUACUCAGGGAAUAAACAGCAAUUGACUUCGCCAGCAAUAAUAUUGAAAUUCAAAUAAAGAGCGAAGUGAGUUGAGGAGCGAACUGCAUCAGUCAACAUGGCACUGAAAAGAAUACAGAAGGAGCUCCAGGACCUGCAGAGAGACCCUCCAGCACAGUGCUCUGCUGGACCAGUGGGUGAUGACUUGUUUCAUUGGCAGGCAACCAUAAUGGGUCCAGGUGACAGUCCUUACCAAGGAGGAGUUUUCUUUCUCACAAUCCACUUCCCCACUGACUACCCAUUCAAGCCACCAAAGGUAGCAUUUACAACAAAGAUCUAUCACCCAAAUAUAAACAGCAAUGGGAGUAUCUGUUUGGAUAUUCUACGGUCACAGUGGUCUCCAGCACUAACAGUGUCUAAAGUUUUAUUGUCCAUAUGUUCAUUGCUUUGUGAUCCAAACCCAGACGACCCCUUAGUUCCAGACAUAGCACACAUCUACAAGAACGACAAAGAAAAAUACAACAGAGUAGCAAAAGAAUGGACCCAAAAGUAUGCCAUGUAAAGAAAGAAACCCAUCAAAGAUAAAAAACAAUUUAGGAAAUUUUCUUUUUCCUUCCUUUUUUAAAGUCACAACACACUGUAAAUUAUAGUAUGGAAUCAUGAAAUAAUCUUGGGUAACCUUUAUCAAACUGAACUGUCAUCAACAUCAAUAUUAUAAAGAGUAUGGUCUAGACCUGCUCUAUAGGAAAAUUGCAAUGAGAUAACUUCUGUCAUGAAUUGGCACUAUAUAUAUAAAUUGAAUUGAAUCAACAUUAUUAUUAAUCUGAGACCAUGACAUAUACAUUAUUUGUUUUUGAAAGGAGGCAGAGGGUUCUACUUUGAGCAGAUGAGAAAGAUUAGCCUAUGGUCCUUUAAUGGAUAAAUUGACUUUUUAAAGUUUGGCAUGUUGUUUUUGCAUCAAGGAAAUUGUAUUUAUAACUCACAAGUUUAUUACAAAGUGCUUAAUUCUUAAUUUCUUAAGUAAAACUAAUGGAUCGUAGGACAUAAAUCCCACCAUAUACCAUUCAGCAACAAGCAACUGUUUUCAGUGGAGCUGAGUAAUAGUGCAGCAGGAUAGCAUACAUGUUAGACAAGCUGCUCCAUAACUUGAAAAUCCCAGGUUCAGCACCUGCUGUGUCCAUCAACAGCCAGCAAGAAACACUGAAGCAUGGAAAUGUGGAAUGGUGAAUGCCAAAUAUGGAACUUCCUCAUUCUGACACAUCUGUAAAACAAAUGAAUACUGACAAUGUCAUAAUAUCCCUUUUAACAUUAAACUUCACCUCAUCUUCAUGUAGUGGGUGAUGGAGGUUUUUGUUGAGUUCUUUUGCAUCUUGUAGCAGACAAAGUUGAAUGAAACAAUGUACUGUUGUAGUUGCCCUGAAAAUGGUAGCAAUUACAAGUUAAGUCAUGUAUUACUGUGUUCUUCAUCUCUUACUAUUAUUAUUAAUUGUAGAGUAUUAAAAGUCCUCUGGAACUAUAUUAUUGUUUUACUCAGUUUCGUUUAAAUUCGUCAUCAGAAUGUAAAACAAUGUACUCUUUUCCCCCUGAGAAUAGCUGUGAUGUUGGCUUUUUGGUUGGAUUUACACAAGCACAAAGAUCAGAUUUUUAAUCCCAUCUAAGGGUUCAAUAUGUUCUUCUGUUUGACAUCCAGUCUGUCUAUAUAUCUAUGCUGUAGAAAGGAUAAAAAUCCAAUUUUCUGUUCCUUUGUAAACAGUCUCUCGUGUCUGAGGCCUGUGUGGCACCUUUUGUACUGAAUUAAAGAAUGGUACGGUUUUUAUCAUGA